AUGAAUUUAAACAAAUCAAUAUGUCAAAAUCUUCCUUUAGGAAUUCUUGAUACGGUGAAUGAUAACGUAUUAAGUAGAAUCGGUGGGUUUUCUAUAUUGUACGGUAAACUAAAGAUAAACGAAAGUACAGGAAACAUAGAGCCUUUGAACAUUUUGAGUAAUAGGGGUGAUGUAGGGAAGAUUUUUGAAACUAAUGGUGAAACACUGAUUAGUGAUGAUAUAGAAACUCAAAAAACAUUUGGAUUAUCAAAUUCUUUGUACAACGACCCUUGGAGAAAAGUAAAGUUGGGACAGAAAAUGUUGAAAGAAGCGAUCCAAAAGUCAAUAAAGGCUAGCUAUACACAUGAUCAAUUAAUUGAAAGUUGCUUCGACAUAUUGAGCUACGACACCUAUGACAGAAAUGUUGCCAAUAAUGGUACGCCACAAGAGGCAAUUCUAGAAUUAAGAAAUUCUAUAUAUAUUCCGCCUAUAGAGCUAAAGACUGUUAAUCAGUUCCCUGAUAGCUCUACUGUAGGUAAUUUUUAUGGUACAAGGACUCAGACAGUUAUUGUCUUAGAUAGAAAGGGUAAUAUGCACUAUUACGAAAGGGAUAUCCAUAAUUCAGACUCCAUAGGCAAAGAUGUAAAAGCAAAAACUAAUCAUUUUCAAUUCAACAUUUCAAAUAAAUAG